AUGCUGCUCCUCGACCACUUCGAAAAUGGAACCCAAGAAUCUUGGGGUGUUGAUAAUAUAGUGACAAGUCAGGAUGGGUCAAGAAACUUGAUGACAAGAAUGCAGGGAUUGCUAAGUGGGCAUACAUUCGAGUCUUCCAUAAAGCCAAGCGAGAGCGAGUAUAGACGUCUUCGUUGCAGUCUGGAAGAAAUGGUGAAGUCACUUGGAAAUCUCAAUUUGAGUUGGGACCAGUCUUGCCGCGAUAUCGUCAAAAGCUUAGUUGCAGGCGACUCCAAGAUCAUGCCGCACAACAACUACUAUCUGGCCGAUACUAGGACAGAGAAAGACAACUCAAAUCUCUACGAACAAUCCACAGCAUUCCCAGUAGAGACUCCCUUUCUUCCAUCAGUCUCUUCAUCUUCCAAGCCCGGUAUAGUGUCACUUGCUACCAAAAGGGCUACUUUUACACCAGCAGAGGCGAUAGUGACGGGGCAAGAUAUGAAAGUCCUAUCCCACAUACCUACGAGUAUCGAAGAUGCUGUUCUCAAGGGCAGUCUCGAAGAGCAGAAACAUUAUCUCGUCGACCGCGUAAUUGGCGAAUUCUGGAAGAAAUACAAACAUCAUUUCGUUUCUUACGGAAAUGUUGUCUCAGACAGCUCGUCACUACCCGAACAGGAAUAUAAUAACAACUCUUCCAUAUCCUCGAUUACAGAUCCCGUAUCCAUAGCGAGUGCAGCGGCAGGAGAUGGGCCACCUGGGGGGGACAACGGUCGCAAGGGGUACACAAAUCUGUCAGAAACUCCCAGUAAUAGAAUCAGGGAUGACUUGUUUGCUUGCCCUUUUCGGAAGAGAGAUCCUGCCAAAUACAAUGUCCAUGAUUGGCAGACCUGCAGUCUCAACCCAUAUCGUUCUAUUACUCUAGUUAAGCAGCAUCUCUACCGAAGUCAUUGUGUAUUUCAAUGCUCUCGAUGCAAGAUCACUUUCGACAACAAGGAGCAGCUCGAGACACAUCAGCUUGAUGCCACAAUUUGCGAAUUGUCUUCAGCGCCAUUAUCAGAUGGAAUUACGAGUGACAUUCAGCAACAAUUGAUGAUGAGAAAGCCUGGUGCCCGUGGCGCGGUGGAAAACUGGAUGAACAUUUAUAGGAUACUUUUCCCUACGGCGCCACUGCCAAACAGCCCUUACUUUGAACCACCUUCAGAAGAAGAAUUGACACUAGAGAAUACCGACAGAGAACUCGACGACUAUGAAUCUUAUGUACGCAGCCAACUUCCCACAUCAUUGCGCUCCGCACUAGAGGCAACUCCAAAUGUUUCCAUGAAGGAGCCUUUUGGAAUGAGUUUCGAGGAUCUGCUUCAAGAAUGCCAGGACGCCACCUUUGCAAGAUAUCGAGAAGAGAAACUGGCUUCUCCAUCUGUGCCUCCUUUGAGGUCCGACUCUGUAGAUCCUACAGCUAUAUCCAGUGUUCAUGUUCAUGCGCAUAGCGAUGUCGAAUUCCUGUGA